AUGGCGUGGAGGGACUAUGAAGAAUUGACGCUGCCCACAGAAGAAUCGAAAUCACCCGAAAAGAAGGCACAAGAGACCCAGGGUUCGAAUCCCGCCGUGGGUACAGUUCAGUCCGCCCCAAAACAGACAUUUUUAACAAAUGACAGAGGGGAUUUCGACAAGGAAAAUGACAUUUUUCUCUCGAGAAGAAAGGUUGCCAGUGUCUGUGGGAUCAUGUGA